AUGGGUACUUUUGCGUUUCUGCUCUCGGUGUCGUAUCUUCUGGCCGGAGUGUCGGCGGUGCCUCGUCAGCACGCCCAGACCAAGGCAUGCGAUACCCCCGAGGAAGGGUAUCAGUGCUCUCCCAAGAUCUCCCAUCUGUGGGGUCAGUACUCGCCCUACUUCUCCCUGGAUGAGGAGCGGGCCGACUCCAGCGAUGUGCCGGAUGACUGCGAGGUCACCUUUGUGCAGGUGCUGUCGCGCCAUGCCGCGCGGUUCCCCACCGCUAGCAAGAGCGCCAAGUACAAGAAGCUGGUGAAAGCGAUCAAGGCCAAUGCCACGGAGCUCAAGGGCGGCUACCAGUUCCUGAAGACGUACGAGUACACCCUCGGCGCGGACGACCUCACGCCCUUUGGCGAGCAGCAGAUGGUCAACUCCGGCAUCAAGUUCUACCAGAAGUACAAGUCGUUGGCCCGCAAGGCGGUGCCCUUUGUUCGCGCCGCCGACUCCGGCCGCGUCAUCCUCUCCGGCGAGCGCUUCAUCCAGGGCUUCCAGAAGACCAAGGAGGCGGACCCCAAGGCCAAGAAGCAGGCCGCGCCCGUCAUCAGCGUGAUCAUCCCCGAAGGCGAGACCUUCAACAACACCCUGGACCACGGCGUCUGCACCAAGUUCGAGAAGGAUGAGUCCGGCGACGCGAUCGUGGACAGCUUCGUGGCCCUGUUCGUGCCGCCCAUCCGUGCCCGCCUGGAGAAGAACCUGCCCGGUGUGAAGCUGAAGGACGGGGACGUCGUCAGCCUCAUGGACAUGUGCUCCUUCGACACCGUGGCGCGCACCGCCGACGGCAGCCAGCUGUCGCCCUUCUGCAACCUGUUCACCCACAAGGAGUGGCUGCAGUACGACUACAAGCAGUCCCUGGACAAGUACUACGGCUACGGCGCCGGCCACCCGCUCGGCCCCGAUCAGGGCAUCGGCUUCGUCAACGAGCUCCUCGCGCGCAUGACCCAGACCCCCGUGCAGGACCACACCUCCGUCAACACCACCCUGGACUCCAACCCGGCCACCUUCCCCCUGAACCACACCAUCUACGCCGAUUUCUCCCACGACAACACCAUGGUCUCCAUCUUCUUCGCCCUCGGCCUGUACAACAGCACCGAGCUCCUGUCCAAGACCUCCGUCGAGUCCACCAAGGAGUCCGACGGCUACUCCGCCGCCUGGCUCGUGCCCUUUGCCGCCCGCGCCUACUUCGAGCAGAUGCAGUGCAAGGGCGAGAAGCAGCCUCUUGUCCGCGCCAUCAUCAACGACCGGGUCGUGCCGCUGCAUGGCUGCAACGCUGACAAGCACGGCCGCUGCAAGCUGGAUAAAUUUGUGAAGAGCCAGAGCUUUGCCCGCUCUGGAGGCAACUGGGCCCAGUGUUUUGCUUAG